UUGGGUGGCGCACAACGCGGAAGCGGCUUCCCGGCGCCGCGGAGACACUCGGGGUCCGUAGGUCGGGCGUCGCCAGCAUCGGCCCCGCCACCGCCACCAUGUCCUCUGACUUCGAGGGCUACGAGCAGGACUUCGCGGUGCUGACGGCCGAGAUCACGGGCCGCAUCGGGAAGGUGCCCAAGCUGCUGGGGGAUGAGAAGAAGCAGCUGAUUGCAAAUGUGGAGAAACAGCUGGAAGAAGCAAGAGAGCUGCUCGAACAGAUGGAGCUUGAAGUCCGAGAGAUCCCGCCUCAAAGCCGAGGAAUGUAUAGUAGCAGAAUGAGGAGCUACAAGCAAGAAAUGGGAAAACUUGAAGCCGAUUUCAAAAGGUCACGGAUCGCCUACAGUGACGAGGUGCGGAAUGAGCUCCUAGGGGAUGAUGGGAAUUCCUCAGAGAACCAGUUGAUAAAAUUACGUGAAGAGAGGGCACAUCUGCUCGAUAACACAGAGAGGCUGGAAAGGUCAUCUCGGAGACUAGAGGCUGGAUACCAAAUAGCAGUGGAAACCGAACAGAUCGGACAGGAGAUGCUGGAAAACCUCAGCCAUGACAGGGAGAAGAUCCAGCGUGCUCGGGAGAGGCUUAGAGAAACAGAUGCAAACUUGGGGAAGAGCUCCAGGAUCCUAACUGGGAUGUUGCGAAGGAUCAUCCAGAACCGGAUUUUGAUAGUUAUCCUGGCAAUCAUCAUCAUCCUCACCAUAGCGAUGGCUAUUUAUUUUUCUGUCAGGGGACGCUGAGAUCUUUCUUCUUCACUAAAACAGCAAGAAACCGCUUGUUUGGAGUAAUUGAGACAAAGUGGUCACAUGAAUCAUUCUCUUGCACUGACAGUGUCUCCCUCUCUUUCCCACUAUCAACUCAGGUGCAAGCAGCUUAAAAAUAUUUUGUAUUAUGGAUUGCACACGGAGUUAAAUUUUUCUUAUAGGUUUGUUUGGUCUUAAUAUAAAUGUUUUUGGACUCUUCAUGUUUGUGUUUUUGAUAUACAUUAAUUCUUCUGAAUUAUAUUUGUAUGUCAUAAGCUGCAUUACACUAGUAAUUCAUUAGUUGCGGGAGUUACGGGAAGAAGAGUCUAUAUUCUUUUCACGGGUGAUGUUAGGUAUAGGACGAUCUAGCUGGUAUCUGACUUUCCAUGAUAGGAGUAAAAGAGACCAAACGAUGUAGAAACAGAACCUGUCUCCUGUGAAUUACUUCUGUUCAUGAAACCCCAUAAUAAAUGUGGCCCUGCUAAUAACGAUGGUUAAUUUAAAAAAAAGAGAGCGAAAGAAAUGGCCUGACAUUUGAGUUUAUUAACAUCCACUGCGAUCUACUACGUGAUUCAAAACAAUUGUUUCCAAAGAAACUUUCCUUACUGCCUGUUGGAAACAUUUCUUCUUUCAGCAAGACCCAAAUGCAAUGCACGCAUUACUUGCCCGAAAUGUAAUAGUGCCCACAGCGCAACGUAUUUGAAUCCGCUCUGAAUCAUUCUAAAGUUAAUGUAUGUGCUGCUAAAUGUAAGCAAUAACGUAUUUUAAAGAUAUGAAGAUCCUUAUCUCUUCAUUUCGACUUACAGAGAACCCAGAUAAUAGUUCAGUAACAAGUAUAGUGUGAUGACAUUAAAUGAAAACACCAUGUAAGAUUUUGUGCGCGAGUAUGAAUACGAUGAGAUCACACGAGGAAAAUUGUUUUUAAUGAAGUGUAGCAAACCGAGCGAUUGACUUCUGGAAUAGAAAUGUAAAAAUGCUAAUUUAUACUAACACAAGUUCUUGGUUGGUACAAUAGAUUGAACUCCGUGUAUUAAGAUAUUUGUAAGUGGGAUGUGGUUUUCCCUGCCUAUUUGCCAUGCGUCUUUUGACAGCGGCGUGUGUUUUGUUGAUGAUCGUAUCCCUAGCUUUGCCAUGGGUCUUUUUUGUUCUUGUUAUGCACUAAAAGACUUUUCAUGAUAACUUUUAAAGUCAUUACAUGACACCCUUUGUGCACAUUAUGAAUCUGGAGAGCGUUUGAACCCUUGAACUGAAACAUAAGCUAGAAAUCUUUUUGGGCAAGGGUUUCAAAGGAACAAAGAUCAGUUUGUGACCCAACCCCUUUGAAAGUCAAUGUUAGUGAAGCCCCCAACUCAUUUUUCCUCUUUGAAAACCCACAGAUUCUACCUAUAGAUGUAUGUGAGCAAUCCCAUUGACUUGCCUGGUACCCUUGCCCCUGACAGUAGACUGUGGCCUUACACGUUUACGGUCUUUUGUACAUGGGCAGAAAUCACUUCUCUAAAAGUCCCAUAAUAUUACCAGCACAGAUAGGACUCUUAAAGCUUAAUAAUGAAAGUCAGGGCAGGAGGAGUCAUGAGAGCAAUGUACUUCUCCAAGAAGGUUGGGCAUGCAUAUGCAUGCAGACGGCUUGUUUAGUGUUGAGUAAAUAGAAUUGCGGUAAUAGUGUAGGACAAAAUUCAUGCAAAAUGGAACAAGGCUGAGAGCGAAGGGAAAAAUAUGCUGCAGAAACUGGGGAUUUAUCCAAACAGGUUAGAGGGUGCCUGGUUUUUUUUGUUAUAUAAACCUCAUGUUUAAAUAACCACCGUAAAUCAUAUCAAGAAAACACUAAACUCAUUCACCUUACUUGGCCGUUCCAAUGUUGCCUCAAUAAUUGAUCAGUUCAAGGAUACAGUCAUUAACUCUGGCUUAUUGGCUCGAUUAUGCAUUCCACGCAAGCACCUGCUGGUGGCAUCAAAAUGCCGUUUUUCUCACCUGUGCAGCUUGAUAUUACGUCAGACACACCCGUUGGGAUGGGACUGGGAAGGGGAAGAGAAAACGAGGCUGACCGCUCAGCUUUACUGAGCCGGUUUUACUUCACUCUCCAUAUCACCUAAUUAAUACCUGCCCACCUAACUGUAAAAGAAAGUGCGAUGGUCUCAUGGGAUCAAUGCCUUACAGUCUCCAAAAUAUGGUGUCGCUAUUGCAUUUUCCCCUGCUCACGAGCAGUUUUGGUCUGGCCGAGUACUUGCAUUUCUCUGGGAAGGCAGUGACUUCGAUGCAGAGCGCAGUCUGAACUAGCCAGCUCGACGGUGGGCUGAUGCUACGGCACAUGAGAAGCAAAAUACCCACAGGUAGGGUAACGCCCCCUGAACUAGUUUUGUCACAUCUUUAGCGCACCUCUGAAUGAAUCCGAGUCCUUACACCUGUAUACCUCAAAGAGGGAAAAUGUUUCUAAUGCUGCAAGCUUUUGUGGAAAGCACCGGAUUCAAAACACGCCCGUGCCGCUGUGCAUAAAAUUCAUGCUCGCUAAAGCCGUUCUGCUAGCAGAAGAAAUAAACUAAUUCUACACUGAUCCAAAAUCAAAAGCAAUUUAAUUAAAGACCCUUAAAGUUUUAAAGGGUUUUAAAUGCUAUACGUUUUGGGAAAAUAUCAGAAAAUGUAGCAUGACUGACGUCAGUUCCCAUCUCUGGGCUGGAAGGCCAUUUGCUAUUCUGUUUAAGGCAGGCUGGAUUGUCUUAUUUUGGAGCCAGCUUGGUGGGGGGUUUUCUUUGCUGCUGCUUCAGAGCACUGAGCUUCAAAGGCUGAAAUUAAUGGUGAACAAAAUUGUGCGGCUCUGACCAUCCCAUGCGGGGCAAACCCAUUGAGGGUUAUCAUUAAGUAAAGAAAUAAAGAAAAAAAAAAACCUGCCAGUUCCAAAAAAACCUCAUCAGAUAAUGACCUCUGUGAUUGGGUUUUCAUUACCAAACAGCACCCAGAGAUUGUCUGCCCCAUAGAAGGGGGAAAAAAAAAAGAAAAGAAAGAAAAAGAAAAAGCAACUCUCCCUCUCUCUCCUUCUCUCUCUCUCUCUCCUUCUCUCCCUCUCUUUUUUUCUGCACAUCUUUUCUUUAAACCUGUCAGAUCAUUUCAGUAUUUCAAAUCCGAGGAAAACAGCCUGCCUGCUGCUGUAUUUGAAGUUGUAAUGGUGUCAAAAAGUCACGACUGACUGACAGCCGUCAGUCCCAGAGGAGCUCAUUAAAUCAUAAAAACUUGACAAGGAAAUAAUUGAGCAUCACUGGCAACUUGGCGCCUGUUUAGACGUUUUUAUUUUCUUUCAUUAUUAGUCCCCACCAUUACGUUCAUUAACAAAUUGCAUUAAACAACUGUUAAGGGCUAAUGAUUUGUUUAUCGCUUUUUUUUUUAUUAUUAUUAUUAUUUAAACAUUAGCUGCGUCAUGUGGUACCUCAGCAGCCUCAUGCUAUCAUCUGACUGAAUAUUUUUCCACUCCGAGCUCUGGGUACCGUUGGAAUAUGAAAUAGAUUAUUCAUUACCCUCCUCUUUGCCACUGAUUUGGUUUCAUGUAGCGUCUUCCACAGAGAAAGAUGAAAACUUGUCAAAAAUAGGUUAUAUCUUAUUCUAAGGGCAACAAUAGCAGCAGGUACAGGCACACUUUAAUAUUUAAUUAAGGUUGAUGUUAACCCCUUUAAAUGACUUUAGCUGUGAGUUAUAUUCAAGUGCAGAAGAGAAAAAUAAUUGUACUUAAUUUGCAACCUGUACAGCAGGCAUUCAUCUUGGAGUUACUAGCAAAUUUAUAGAAUAAUUUUAAAUAAUGAAAUUUUCCAAUCAUAAAUAUUUAUGUCCACUUCUUUUUUUUUUUUUUUUUUUUGAUGUAGUUUUGAAUUAACCACUUUUGCACAUAUCCCAAAUAAGAAAAAAAAAAUUUUGGUCCUUUUUCUUGUUUUGAAUGAAAUGGUUCAAAUUUCAAAAUCUGGAGAAGACGUUGGGGGGGGGCAGAGGUACAUGCGAAUCCCAGAUAAAGAAGUUGUUGGCUGGGGGAACGACUUACAUGGUGGUGAUCCUAACAAGUUGACAACUUACCUUGUGCUUGGUGGAAGAGGUGGUUUCUUGGAGAGUAUUAAAUUUGGGUGGGUUUUUUAGUUUGUUGUAGUUUGGGUUUUAUUUUUAUGAGGUGGUGUUUGCCUUCACUUCUGGGUCCCAGGUGGUCUUUUUUUCUGUUUGAAAAUGUAGCUUGAAGAAUGUGGUUUCAAGUCGCUGCUACUUUUUGAUAAGAGAAAAUAUAUAUUUUUCAGUGCAUGUCAUUUUCCAUUGUGGAAUAUAAAUAAUCCCACUAUCAUGGGAGCAAUUUCAGACUUUAAUAUAAAUAGAUGUAUAAUUUUAAGUUGCUAAAAAUCGUUGAAACCGUCAAAAGCAAAGCACACGUUAUGCUUUCUUUGGUUUUUAAUAAUCAGCCUUUGAUCUCUUUUUAUUCGAUACAUUUGAAUGCACUGUACGUUCAGAGAUAUGGCGUGGUAUUUGCAUUACACACCUGUACAGGGAUUGUCACCAAGCUGGUGACAGGAAAUGUGAUAUAUCAUGAGAGAUUGCACAGUAAAUCCAUUCCAUUCAACGAAGUAUUCUGGCAUCUCGCAUUAACUCGGAUGAUGAUUUGUCACCUCCAUAGUCACAGGAGUAGAGGGAAAUACCAGGUGAAUAUGUUAUCAAGAAGUCGCUGGUUAGUGGCUGCGUUAUUCUGAGUCCUAAACAGCUGGGUCUCUUCCACCACCAGCAGGCAUUUUUGGUGCCAUUCCCGGGGAAGUCUCCAUGUGCAUUCAUGGGAUUAUGGUUUUUUGCAAUAUAUGUGCAUUUUCCUCUACAUACACUUUUAUGCUCGAAACAUAGUGGACUGUAGGCAGAGUAGAAGCCGUGUAUUUUGGAAACAAGCUAUAUCAUUCUGAACCGCUGUAUUUUGUUUGUCACACAUAAAUAAUGAAGGCAUCUACAGGAAAAAAAAAAAAACUAAAGCUAUACGCUGUGAUACAGUGAACUUGUGCACUCAGUCAUUCCCUUCAUCCAAACAACCGCCUUUGGCGUGAAUAACAGCUUGGCUGAUAUGAAGCACCGUAUUGAUCUGUUGCUCAGGAAAGUCUAUUGAUAGUUCUUGGACUUUUCCUGAAGGUAUGGCCAUAACAGCUCAGCACUGUCGGGAUCUGUUGCUUCUAUCUCCAUCUCACACCAGAUGAGUUCAAUAGGGGACAGAUCCAGAGAGAGCACUCGACUCUCAGUCUCUCUCUGUCCGUCUCUUUCUCUCCCGCGCAGACGCCCGCAAAUCUACACGCCUUUACCUUUUUAUGGCUGAAAAACUACGUAAGAAACAAUGUCAUAGAGCAUGACCAAAAAAAAUGGUAUCCAUUUUGGAAGCACAUCUCUCGUGCAGUUGACUCACUAGUCUGCUUUGGCCAGCACGGCACUCAUUUUCUAGAAAUCUGACUGUACAGCUCUUGAGCUGAGCUCCCUCUGUUGUCACGUGAACUAUAUACUUGGAUUCGCAUGUUGUGUAAUAGGAAGAUGUCCUGCACCUCCCCUUUCUCUAUCCCCAAUUUUCACUUCCUAUGGAAAUUGGGAUCAUUUCAUUCUGAGAUUCUCUGUGUGGCAACCUGACUUUUACUUGGACCUUUUGAAGCUUUUCCCUGUUACAAAAAUAUUAGUUUUGAGUAGUAAUGUUACAUACCCGACAUGGGGUUUUGCUUCUACAGCUUGUCCGGUACCUAGGGUCACCCCAUCGGCUGUGGUCACUAACGGGAAAUUCAGGUACUUCCGAAGUUUCAUGGCUGACCAACAGUUAUUGGGUGUUAAAUGAGAGAAGUUUUACAUAUUUGAAACUGUUCCCAAGACAUGUUUUUAAAAGCUGUUAUAUUGUAUGGGAAAGAAGGGAGUUUUCACUGCUUCCUUUUUUUUUUAACCCCAAGAUUCACAUCAUAACCCCAUUUUGGCUUAACAUUAACACAGAGAGUCUUUUAAACUACCUUAGCUUUGAACCAGUACUGAUGUACAAGUACUUUAUCUGUUUCUGCUUUGUGGCUUCUUCCAUUCAACGUCUGAUGAAGUCAGCUGCUGCUUACCAAAGCUUAUGCUGUGCAUCUCUGAUUUAGUUAGUCCAUAAGGUACAAAUCUACCGUGCCUUCUCCUCCAUUGAGCUAUGCCACCAAUCCAGGCACUUUAGUCUCCAGUAAAAAAAAAAAAAAAAACUGCUGUGAUCACUGUGUUGGAGCGGACAUCACACACGUGCAACUUUUUAGCUGUAUUUAUUCUUACAGUUCUGCAUUUUCUUUUAUUCUUUAUAUUGAAAUGGGACCUCUGUCAGGCAUGUAGCCCCAUUGGACUAGACACUGUCCACAUGGAAAAAAGAAGAAAUGGUCCCUUCCCUCCCCCCCCGAGUUUGCUACCCUUACUGAAUAAUGUAUUUGUAUGUAACCCUGUUUUUUUAAAGGGCAUCACAGUGGGAGCACUGAUGUAGAGGUCUUUAUCUUCCAAUGCUUUGCCCCAGUGUUACUUAUUUACACUAAUGUAAAAUGCUGCCUUUCUGAUCUAGUAGUGUUUUGUACCCUUUUGCACAAGUGUACCUGGCUGCAAGAGGUAAAGGACCGUGAAGAAUCGGAUUUAUUACUGAGAUAAUUAUAGCCUCAUCUAGCCAUACCCAACAAUUUCUCUGUGCUCCCAUAAGGAGAAAAACAUGGGUGUCUCCCAUGCUACACCCAGACAAAUCCUCAAUAUCCGCCUGGGUACAAUCCAAGUGAUGAAAAUGCCAAGAAGGGUGUAACCGUGACAAUGCUGCAUCUCUUCCUGCUUUGGGGCAGCUCUUGAAACCUUUGGGGCUUUUUAUUUUCCUCUUUGGAUUUCCUUUGGUGAUUUCCAUAGAAUGGUAUGCUUAAAAGAAGAUGUGGUGGCAUGAGCAAGUGCAAGCAGUUCACUGUGGUUAAAAUGCUGCUGGCUGUGGGAGCUGAGAGCUAAAUUUCAAAAGUUGGCCUAAGUCCCAUUUUCAAAAGUCACAUUGGUGCUUUUGAAAAUAUUAUACCAUAUGCGCAGCUUAGAUUUUGCUCAAAGCAUUCUCUCUCUGUCCCCCUCUCUCUCUCUCUGUCUGUUCCUGCUGCAGAAAAGUUGCCUAUAAAAUAACUUCACUGAAAUAAAUACUAA